CUUCUGUUGGUUAAUGAUUUGGAGCUUAUUGAAGUUUAGAUUUUGGAUUUCUCUUUUUUGGUAAACUCUUACUGUCAUACUCUGCUUCUAAAACAUGGAUAGACAUCUAACCUAUAUAUAGCUCUCUGCUUAGUACAUUUUGAUUUUGAGCUCUCUGUGGUUUGUUGUAAAGCCUGUGCUUCUCACUAGAGCUCGGACCUUUUGUUUAAAAACCGUAGUUCUUUUAUAUGUCAGAGCAUUUCGAGACUUGGAAAUCAAUUUGUCAAUACCUUUGUUUUGAAUUUCAGUUUGUAACAUCAUUCAUAUAGGUAGCUUUCUAAUAGCGACAAACAUAAAGAACCUGUUCUUAGAGGUCACUUUUGUACUGUCAUACUAUAUAUCCAUGAUUUACAGGUUGCACCAUUCAUUUUAUUUAGUUCUAGAGCCAGAGUUCAAAUGAGAGUGACUAUUUCAACAUUCAAAGAAUAGUAGUCAACCAAUCCUUAAGGCGUUUUUAAUUACCUUGUGAUGUCAGGCACUUCAUGAUAUUUGGAAAGUUAUUGGAUGGUAUUAUUGGUAGAAGAUGGUCUUUUGUGCGUGAGAUUAGACAUAGGCUUUCAAGUAGCAACCGUGCAAUGUACUCCUCCUAGUUUUUGUUCAGAAUUUGAUUUCACUUCUAUAUCAGCUAGCGGUUUGAUGGAGGACAAGUGUGCAAUCAAGAAUGAUGUCACUGAAUUAAUAGGAAAUACCCCAAUGGUAUAUCUCAACAAUGUCGUGGAUGGUUGUGUAGCCAGAAUUGCUGCCAAGCUAGAGACAAUGGAGCCUUGCUCUAGUGUAAAAGACAGGAUCGCUUAUAGCAUGAUCAAGGAUGCAGAGGAUAAAGGUCUAAUUACACCAGGGAAGACUGUUCUUAUUGAGGUUACAAGUGGUAACACUGGCAUUGGAUUGGCAUUCAUUGCCGCAAUCAAGGGUUACAAGCUCAAGAUAAGCAUGCCAGCUACAAUGAGUCUUGAAAGAAGAAUUGUGCUCCAAGCUUUUGGAGCUGAGGUCUUCAUCGCAGAUCCUGCCAGGGGCUUUGAGGGAGCUUUUGCCAAGGCAGACGAGCUGCUAAGUAACACACCUAAUAGCUUUAUACUUCAACAAUCGGAAAACCCUGCCAAUCCAAAGAUUCAUUACGAAACCACUGGCCCGGAGAUAUGGAGAGACUCAGGAGGGAAAGUUGAUGUUUUUGUUUCAGCAAUAGGGACUGGGGGUACUGUAACCGGUACAGGAAGUUUCCUUAAAGAGCAAAAUCCAGAUAUUAAGGUGUAUGGUGUAGAACCAGCUGAAAGUGCAGUAUUGAAUGGUGGCAAACCAGGGAUGCAUCUGAUCCAAGGAAUUGGUGCUGGUUUCAUACCUCAAGUUCUGGAUGUUAGCUUGCUGGAUGAAGUUAUUCAAGUAUCCAGUGAGGAAGCAAUUGAAACUGCUAAGCUGCUUGCGCUAAAAGAAGGUCUUUUGGUGGGGAUUUCAUCUGGUGCUGCAGCAGCAGCAGCAAUAAAGUUGGCGAAGAAGCAAGAAAAUGCUGGAAAAUUAAUAGUUGUUGUGUUUGCUAGUUCUGGAGAGCGUUAUCUGUCUUCUCCACUCUUCAAUACCAUUAGGCACGAGGCAGAAAAUAUGAAGUUUGAAUGAUAGUGUUGCUGUGGUUCAUAAUAUGCUUUACUUAUGUCAGGUUCCUCUGGUUAUUGGUAUAAUAAGAAAAAUGCUUCAAGUCUGCAAGGCAAUAUAACCCUUAAUGGUACUUAUGCCUUGUGUUCUUGGAGCCCCUUCCAAUUUUCUGUCAACACUUUGAAGAUUCUAUAUAUUAAGGUAUAAUGCGUGACCAGAAGAUACCAGUUUGUAAGUCUGUAAUUCCACUAUUGAUCACAUGUUGUACUUCUACUGAAA